AUGUUUCUAUCACGCUUUCGACCACUUCGAAGUGAAAAGAAAUUAGAAUCACAUGUCACUCAUUAUCUUAUUCCAUUUCAUCCUAAAAUGAAGUCUACUAUUGACGAUCAAAACAAUGAUAUUCCCGUAGUGGAUCCAUCAUCUGUGAAAAACAGUCUCUUUUUGGAUCUUCAAGAAUCUCUAUAUCGUUUUCAAUGUAUGCUUGUACAACAAUCAUCAACAGACGAUACUAUUGAAUGCAACAUCAACAAUCAUUAUCAAAGUAUACUUGAUAAAAUACAAAGUAUCGACCAACUUGAAUACACAUCAGAAACCUUCGAUAUUGUUCAUAUGGUAUUUCGAACCUAUAUCAGCGAUAUUCUUCCGCUAACUGAUAAGUAUGAAGACAUAUUAUCAUUUGUAUUAAGUACAAAAAUUAAUUUCAAUCUCGAAGCCUUGUUCAAAGAGAAUGAGAGCUUUACUCGUCGAGUAUUUUUUAGUACUCAUGAUUUACUUGCAUUGCCAAACAUGAUCGAUUAUCUUGAAGGAAAACAAAAGGAAACACAAACAUAUCAAUUAAAAAUUGCAAUGUCUGUUAUUAUCAAUCGACUUCAACUAAUAUCUACAUGGAUAACUUUCGAAAAAGAUGAUUUCAAUGAUCAAGAAUCAAUUUUACGAUUGCUCUUGAAAUUUAUUAAUUCAAACAUUCAUAGUGAUGAUUCGAUAAUCAAACAACUUUUUAAUCUUCUCAUAUUUUUAACAGAGAAAACUAUUCUUGUACCAAGUUUUAUUAAUGCUGGUUUUGUUAUCUAUAUUUUACAAUGGUUAGAAAUGGAACAAUUACCUUAUGAAAUUCAAGGUUCAUGUAUACAUAUUUUUUAUAAUUUAGCACAAAAAAUUGAAGGAGCCAAAGCUUUGAAUCAAGCAGAUGGUCUUCGAAUAUUAAAAGAUUGUACAUAUCGUCUACUCGAUCCGAAUAUAAUCAAUGGACAACAUGGUUUCGAAAAUAUGCAAUUACUCUACUGUAUGGCUAUGUCUUUAUUGAUUGAACCAAAACAGAAUCGUGAAUAUGUCAAAAAUCAUCGUCGAAUUCUUGACUAUCUCCUACAAUCGAUAAUAGAUGCUAGUAAUAUGGAUAACUUUUUCUAUGCUGACUUUCAUAUUUCACGACCGAUUGUUGUUCUUACAAAAUUAUUUGUACAAGAUGAAAUAAUAAAAUAUGUACUUGAUGAAGCACCAGUAAAAAAUUUUCCAUUAUCAUCGAAAGUCGAAUUUUUUGCUAAUUUACUUAUUCGUUUUCGUGGAGCAUUAACAAUGGAUGAGGAUGAAGCUAAUGCAUUGGCAUUGACUGCAUUGUUCAAUAUUCUAUGGAGUAUUUCGUUUCAUGAUGAAUAUCUUUCUCAACUUCAAACUAAUCGACAAUUUUUACUUACUGUAAAAACAUUUGCUUACGAUACAAGUGUAAUGGAAUAUGAACGGUAUGUUUUUGCUAAUAUGUCUUCAAUUUUUAAAGCAGCCAAUGGUAUUUUAUUGAAUCUUGGUGAAAAUAUUAGCACACGUGUUCAUGAAUCAUCGAACAUCACGGUCGAACAACCAUUGGUAACAUCUAUAGCCAAUCCGAGUAAUCGUAUUAAUGUAAUGAUCAGUUAUUCGCAUACAAAUGCAGACUUCUGUCAUGAUCUUGUCAAUGCACUUCAGAAAGAUCCUCGUCUUGAUAUUUGGGUAGAUUUUAUCUAUUGUCGUAGUGGUGAUUUGUGGGAAGAAAUAAGUGAAGCGAUUGAAAAUGCUCAUGUUAUUCUAUUUAUAAUUACAAAAGAAUAUCAAUCUAGUAAAUCAUGUCGUCAAGAAGUAAUGUAUGCAAGAGAUACACUAAAGAAACGAUUUAUUCCGAUCUAUUUAAAAAAUGACUUUGUCGCCAGUAGUUGGUUAGGCAUACGUAUUGUUGGUGCGCAAUACAUUCGUUUUGGAAAACGAUCUUUCGGUGAUAGUAUUACGGAAAUUCUGAAUCUAAUGGAUGAUAAUACAUCACAAAAACAGAAACAAAAUGUAUUCAAACAAACGCAGAUGCCCACGACUCCUAUCGCGGAUCCAGUCAAUGUUCAAGAUAAAAUUCUUGAUAAAAAUCUACACACAAGUCAAAAUCGAUCAAUCGAAUUGAUUAUGAAUGCUGUUGCGGAUCAAACCAAGCCGAUUGAACAGUGGACAUUCGAAGAUAUUAAUCAAUGGUUUGAGCAGAAUAAUAUCGAGCCGAAAUUAAAAGAUCUCUAUCGAUUUCAACACGGCAACGAUCUUCUCUUAUAUGGACAAUGUUUACAACCCAAUUGGCAGUAUGAAUAUGCAGAUAUGAGAGAACGAUAUACUCGUGAAUAUAAUGAUAUACUAUAUCGAGAUCAAUUUGUACUUCUUGUCGGUGCCCUUAAUCGUCUUCAAUACAUACAACAGUAA